GUCGGUAUGUAAUGGUAUGGAGUCAUUGAAACUUACUACGUGUAAAAAAGACUAGAAAUUGAAUGUUUAUUUUUAAGCCUCGAAAGUUGCACUGGGUGCCUUUAAUAAAAGAGACUUAAUACUGUCCACAAUAUCUUUAUUAAGCAACAUCUUGAGGUCCUGAACCUCACUACAGGUUGUUGCUUCUUUCGAUUUUUUUGUAUUUGAUGUGUACAAUUAUUUUGGACAUCUUUCAUAUACUUUUUACACACAGGGAUCACAAUGCAUUUUAUGUUGAUUACUAUUUCUAAGCAAUAGGAAAAUUGUGGAAAACAGAGCUUAUUUUUUAACUGUUUUUGUAACUUAUGUCUUAUACUCCGUUUGGUGUGAUUUAGUAGAAAUGUAUACCAAGUUUAAUAAUUGUGCAUGAAGGAAUUAAAAAAAAGGUUUUGUCUUAUUAAAUUACAUGAAAAUUAUGAUAUUUUACGAUAAAGCAGAUUUUCUAUUUUUGUUUUUGACUAUAAGAUGUAGGCUACAUGAUCCAUGUUCCCUUUUACUGAUCUAUGCAACUGUAAAAUGUACUACAACGAUCCAAAAACGAACUGUGUAAACCAAUAAAAGGGAGGAAAAUAUGUGCUCUUGUUUGACCUUUUAAGAAUAAUGAAUGAAAUAAAUGCUUGUGAAUAUUUACUACCAGUUUUCUCGUGACCUUUUGGUCUCCCAACGCCACUGCAACCCCACCACCUCUCGGCUUCAGAGAGGGGUAAACAGGUUACCAACCAAUAGGUAGCCUAUCUACCGUUGAGGUCUGGAUAGCUCUGAUUCGAAAUCGUGAGUCGGUUCCAUCGCGCAGCACCUAGACCUACUGUUAAGUGGCUGUUAAUGCUCGUGGUACCUCUGGCUGAGGUUGGUGCGCUCAUAAACUGAUAAGAUGUGUUCCUUUUACAUCGUACGGAUCCUCGCUGCGUUGGCUUUUGCUAGAAAUGGGGAGUCAAGCCUUCAUCCAGAAUGUGAGUACAUUUUUCAGUUGGCGCGGGAGGAGCAUCGAUGUCUUCAGCACAUUGCAGAGCAGGCCAACCACAGUCUACAGGGCUGUCAGCCAUUUUGGGAUGCAGUUCUCUGCUGGCCCAAUGCUGGGGAAGGGGAGACCAUCCACAAGGCCUGUCCGGCGGUCUUCUCCCUGUUCGGGAACAACACAGGGUCUGUGAGCCGGAACUGUACCGAUCAGGGCUGGUCCAUCCCUUUCCCCCAGUACCAUAUCGCCUGCAGCGUGGAUGACGACAUACCAGAGGUUCCAGCAUCCUGUGUGUGUACAGAGCAGGCGUAUUUCACCACGGUGAAGCUCAUCUACACCGUCGGCUACGGGACAUCUCUGGCAUCUCUUUCAAUUGCAGUGCUAAUCCUGCUCCUCUUCAGGAGGCUGCACUGUGCCAGGAAUUUCAUUCACAUCCAGCUGUUCACUACCUUCAUCCUGAAGGCAGCGGCGGUGUUCAUCAAGGACACCACUCUAUUCUCCAGUGAAGACACUGACCACUGCAACCUCUCCACGUUCUACUGUAAGGCUGCUGUGGUGUUCUGUCACUACUGUGCUAUGACCAACUUCUUCUGGCUGCUGGCGGAGGCUCUUUUCCUCAACUCCCUGCUGCUCUCCUCUUUCUACCACAGUCGUCGCUGUCUCUGGGGCUACGGCCUCCUGGGCUGGGGUGUCCCUGUCCUCUUCAUAAUGCCGUGGAUGGUGUCCAGGGUGUACUUUGAGGAUACAGAAUGCUGGGACAUUAAUGACAACUCUCCCUAUUGGUGGUUCAUCAAAGGUCCAAUUGUGGUCUCCAUUGGGGUCAAUUUCAUGCUCUUCCUGAACAUCAUUAGAAUACUGAUGCAGAAGCUGAACCCACGCCUCAUCCAGUUCAACAACUCAUCUCAGUACAGGCGCUUGACUAAGUCGACCCUGCUGCUGGUACCUCUCUUCGGGUCCCACUACAUGGUCUUUAACUUCCUGCCCGACUACUUCAACGUCAACAUGCGCCUGUGUGUGGAGCUCUGCGUGGGCUCCUUUCAGGGUCUGGUUGUGGCCGUUCUCUAUUGCUUUCUCAACCAGGAGGUCCAGAAGGAGCUGCAGGAGCGAUGGCUGAAGUGGCAGGAGAACACCUAUGGAGUGGUCUCUCCUGGGCCCAAGGGCAGCCAGAUGGACACGCCCUUCUAGUGGUGGAACACCUCCAACACCUCCUCCACAUCCACCACCAACUCCACCACCUCAAACACUCAUUCCACAGCCUACACCGACACCACAUCCAUCAUCACAUCCACCUUCCACCACUAACACAACCAUCUCCGCCACCAACUCCACCACCACAAGCUCCACCACCACCACCAACUCUAUCAACUCCAACACUCACCUCCAACACUAGCUCCACAUCCACCUCCACCACCAACUCCACCAUCGCAAGCUCCACCACCUCCGCCACGUAACUCAAUCCCCACAAGCACCACCACCACCGCCUCCACCUCCACCACCACCACCACAUCGACCACCGCCUCAACCUCCAGCACCACCUCCAACAAUAACUCCACAUCCACAACCAACACCCCCACCACCACCACCAAACUGUUCCUUCCCUGAAGACGUUGAUCGCUGCAUGGCCUCUUGAGUUCCUCUCACAGACACAGGGCGGGUCGUGCGGAGUAAUCAAUCAGCGUGUGUGCCUCAUCCUGUUCUUGCUCAUCAGAACGGUCCUGGACCUUACGGAGAUCAGUCCUUCUUUAUAUUGAAUGUAUGGCAACAUGUUCUAACUUUGUCAAUGCAUGGGUUGUGUUGUAGCGCCUCUUUCUGUGUUGCUUGAACUGCCUUAAUUGUGCUAUUGUAACGAGUGCAUUUAUUUAUGAAUGUUUUUAUCUUAUGGGCUUCGUUCUAAAAUCAGCCCAAUGACAGCAGCGGAAUUUCGAAGAACAAAAUAACUUAUUGUGUCUUAUUAAAGCUAGAGUGCCUCUUAAAGUUAUAUUGACUACAAAUGGG